AUGAAGACUCAUUUUAAAGAGCUCACAGGCAUGGACAUUGAUGAUAAAGCCAUAGAAAAGAAAUAUGCCAGGGUUAUUUCAUACCUCAAGACCAGUGACAAGACCGGGAAGAUGGAGACCAUCUUCAGAGAAAUGGAAACAUCAAGCAAGAAUGUUGCAGAUGUCAAUGCUGCUGGCUUUUUUCAACUACUUGUUAGAUAUUUCAAUGAGGAAGAGGACCAGAUGUUCCAUAAACUGGAUCCAACAACCCUGCCCUUUGAAGUGGACUGUGCUGAACUUCCAAGUACGCCAUGCAUUGUUGUGUGUGGAAGUUCUCCUUUGGCAGCAGAGUACUUCAUGCUUUCUGUGGACCAGACCAUUGUGAAUGGUCACAUCAAUGCCUUCACUGAUGCUCUUGUGUUGAUGUUUGCCACGUGCUACUGCCUGAACAUCUCUUACCCAGCAGCCCAAGGAGCAACAUUGGAGUUCUUGCAGAGAUGCCUUUUCAAGAUCAACCCAGACAAGGGAUCGAAAGUGGAGAAGAAUGCUACCAGAAAGCACCUGGCGGUCAGUCCAAAGGUUCUUUCCCUGAUAACAAAAAUUGCGGACUAUGAAUGGAGGGAGUAAACAGAAACACUUUUCAGAAGGGAGCCCAUUGCAAUCCAAUGUCCCUAGUUCUUUCUCAUGCACAGUUCAUGUUAGUCUCACAACUGUAUUCUUGAGUGUUCUUUAAUUGUUGUCAGAUACUCCCACUGUGACCCAGAUGAAUACUAGGUACACAUCGGAACUAGGGCUGCCACCUCUUAGUCGAU